AUGUCCAUUAGAGAUCUGGAAUUGGAGAGAUUAGGAAAUGGAAUUUAUAGAGAAAGUGAACAUUUAAGGAUAUGUGAAAGAGGACUUACUUGUUGCACUGAAGAAAUGGAACAUAAGUUGAGUACUCACAGUAGAGCUGAGUUUGAUAAACUUUUGCAUAGUACUAUUGGUGAAUUGAAAGAUAUUUUUGAAACUCAUACUCAUCGCUUUGAUGAAUUUUUCCGAGAACUUCUGAAGGUAUCAAGAAAAGGUUUCCAUGACAUGUUUGUAAGGACUUACGGCCAACUGUAUGAGCAGAAUUCGUAUUUAUUUAGCUCAAUGUUUGAUGAUUUAGAAAAAUAUUAUAUUACUGGUGGUGUUGAUCUGGAAGAUGCAAUGGAUGAUUUUUUCCACAGAUUGUAUGGUAAAAUGUUUCAAGUGUUAAAUUCUCAGCAUCGUUUUGAUAACCGAUAUUUAGAAUGUGUCAGUGAGCAGAUGAGUGAACUGAAGCCAUUUGGGGAUGUGCCAAACAAAUUAAUUAUUGAUAUUAAAAGAUCUUUUGUGGCGACUAGAACAUUUGUGCAAGCUCUUUCUGUUGGAAAAGAUGUUGUUAAAAGUAUAAUGGAUGUUGGCCCUACUCCUGAAUGUAGUCGAGCUUUAAUGAAAAUGGCUUACUGUCCUCACUGUCAUGGAUUACCAGAUCUAAAGCCUUGUUCACCUUACUGUCUGUAUGUUCUGAACAAUUGCCUAAAUAAUCAUAUUGCUUUUGGCAGUGAAUGGAGCUCAUUUAUAGAUUCACUGAUAAAUCUGGUUUCAAGAUUAGAAAAUUCAUAUAAUAUUGAAUCGGUGUUGGAACCAAUUGGCAUCAAAAUAUCAGAAGCAAUAAUGAAUUUUCAAGAAAAUGGUGUGACUAUUUCAAAAAAGCUAUUUCACAAAUGUGGUAAACCACGUCUUGGUAGGCGAGAUCUCUCUGAUCAAGAAGUUACUUUAGAGAAGCUAAAGUUUAUGCACAAUCAUGCUGCCCGUCCAACUACUGCUGCUGGUACCAGCAUAGAACGAUUAGUUGAUAAUCUGAAGAAGAAAACAAAGAAAAUAAAAAAGUUUUGGCAGGAUCUUCCUUUAAAAAUGUGCACUCAUUCACAGAUGGAAGAAGGAUCAGAUGGUUGUUGGGAUGGUAAUAGUCAAACAAGAAACUUCAAUGCUUCAAUCAAACAUCUUAUGCCAUUCAAAGACUCCAUGACACCCAAUGAAAAUGCAGUUAUCAAUCAGCAAAUAUUAACUUUGAAUCUUAUCAGUACAAAACUGUCUCAUGCAUAUAAAGGCUUGGAUGUUGAAUGGGAAGAUUCAGAAUUAUCUAGUGGUAGUGGAAGUGGGAGUGGCUUUGGAAAUGUAGCUUCUGCAGAAGAUUUUGAAGAUCUGUUUUUUAGUGUGCCAAGUGCUUUGCCAACAGAUAAAUUACCUCCACCUCGUGUGUCUCCCACCAUUACAUCGUCAUCUGCCUUAUCUUUAUAUUCAUUCAAGAUCGUAUUGUUUCUAAUUUGUUGCAUUUGGGCACUCAGCUAAUAAUUACAUUUCAUUGUGCUUCAUGUAUACGUAUAAUUACUAAUAGCUUGGUGUUUUCAAGUUUCUAUGGGACAAAUAGUAAAUAUCUAUCACACAGAAAAGAAAUAUUUUUCUACCAUAAUGUAUUAAGCAUAAGAUAUUCUUUUUACUUUCAGUACGAACCUGUAUAUAUGAAAAUUUUUAAAUACCCAUUCUUUUCUAUACAAACUGUUUUACCUUGAAGAGUCCAUUCAUUACACAUUGAAAGUCAUUGAUAUGUAUAUUUAUUUCCCAUAAUCAUUUCAUUUUUUUAUGUCCAGAAUAUACAGUUUUGAGCAUUAGUCCCCCAUCUGGACUUUUGGCUAGUGUUUUUAAGAAUAAUUUAAAGGAAAAUUAAUAACCCAGAUAUUUAUAGCAUACUAACAACAUAAAGAGUAAUUUUUAUUUUAGUUAACACAUUUAAAUUUUGUAUGGAGCAGCAGUUUGUUAUUGUUGAAAUUACUGCUCAUAGACAAUCCCUACUUUCUUCCAGCAUGAAUUCUGUUCCUUUCAUCACUUGUGUUGGGUACUGUAGAUUUAAUGCACAAAACAUUUAACCGUAUAGUGAUAUUAAUAAGUUUGCAGCAACUGUGCUGAUUUUCUAUUAUUUAUGUUUUGUAGUGCAUUGUGAUGUUGACAGAAUGGUUUUUGAAUUUAAAAUUUAAAUUAUUUCAAUAAAUGUUCCCAUCAUUAAGCUAAUGAAAACUUGCAAUUUGUAUAACUUUUGAGUAAGAGGAAAUCUCUUAAAAUAUUUUUAAAUGCAUUGAUGUGUCACAUUGAAGAUAAAGCUGGCAACACCCUAUGUCAUUCUGUGUAUCUUACUUAUUAAUAAGAAUAAUUUAACUUCUAAAGUUAUAUCAUCAUAAUUGUGUUGAUAUUUCAAUCAAAUGCAUUAUACUUUACAAAACAUGCUAGCUUAUUCACAGUGCUUACUAUACAAACUUUCAUUUUAUUAGUUCCUAUUAAGUACAGAAAUUUAUGUUAAAAUGUAAUUCAUUGAUGCUCCAAAUCAUAAGUAUACAUAUAUUUGUGUAUGAACUUGUAAUACAUUAACCCCUUAACUGCCGCGGGCGUAUAUAUACGCCUUGCUCAGCUGAUGCAUUAACUGCCCCAGGCGUAUAUAUACGUCCUUCCAAACUGCUAUCAUUUGCUUUGCGCUGCUACA